AUGGCUGGCAAAGCUCGUUGGUCGAAGCCCUAUGGCUCCAUGAUGGUGUUGUACUACCCUAAGUGGAGAGACAGCAAGCGUGGUGCACGUGCAGCUGUUGUGACAAAGGUCUCAGAGGCGAUUACAGCAAGGGCGAAUGCAAAGGGAUGGGACAGGCCCAAGGUCAACACUCAACAAAUCAGCAACUGGUUCGCAAAUAAUAAGGCUGCAUUGGAUCUCAGAAUCAUUCCCGGCACGACAGAUCGCAAGUUCUCUCUCGCAGAUGCUGAACGCAUGGCCAAGGAUGACAAUUAUCCCGAUCUGACUGAAGGUGAAGGUGGGGCUGAUCCCGCCACUGUGGACGACGAUGACAUAGAGCCAUUCUCGGUGGAGGAAAAUGCAGCUGAUGUGCGAAAGAAGAUGAUGGGGCAGAAGUGGUCUUUGCGAAAGACUGCGCACUGGGCAUGA